CGUAUAUAGCUCCGUCGUAUAUCAAUAAAUACCGUUAACGAAAACGCCAGUUAGUUGAUUGCGCUUUAUUUUUUUUGUGCGUCCAGUCACAAAGUGCAAAAAAAAAACUUGGAAGUUUCACAAUUCGAAGCUUUAGUGGUCAAAAAAUUCAAAAAUAUGUUUCGUCUUCUUGUGGCGGCGGCGGCGCUCUUCGUCUUGAUCGACGCGAAACUCCAGAGGAUUUUAUUACACAAGACGGAUUCUGUUCGACAAGCUUUGAAGAAAGUUGGCACCGACUUACAAGAGAUUGAAUCGGUCGAAGAAAAUUCUACUUCUGCAAUAGAACCAUUAUCCAAUUAUUUGGAUGCUCAGUAUUAUGGUGAUAUAGAAAUUGGAACUCCGCCGCAGAAAUUUAAAGUAAUAUUUGAUACUGGCUCCUCAAAUCUUUGGGUACCAUCUAAAAAGUGUGACCUUCUCAAUAUUCCUUGCAUAUUACAUAAUAAAUAUGAUAGUACAAAAUCCAGCACAUAUAGACCAAAUGGUACUCCGUUUGCUAUUCAGUAUGGCACUGGCAGUCUGGCUGGAUUCUUAUCUACUGAUGUAGUAAAUGUUGCCGGUCUCAAUGUUCAAAACCAAACAUUCGCGGAAGCGAUUGACGAGCCAGGCUUAACAUUUGUUGCUGCGAAAUUCGAUGGUAUCAUGGGCAUGGGUUAUCCCACGAUAUCCGUGGAUGGAGUGACGCCUGUCUUCUAUAACAUGAUCAAACAAGAUCUAGUGUCACCAGCCAUUUUUAGUUUUUAUCUGAAUCGAGACCCUUCGGCUAAGGUGGGUGGUGAAUUGAUAUUGGGUGGUUCCGAUUCCAAUUAUUAUAAAGGCAAUUUCACAUACGUUCCUGUUACUCGCAAAGGAUACUGGCAAUUUAAAAUGGAUGAGGUCAGAAUAAUCAAAACUAAAGGCAAACAAGGUAAGACUUUGUGCACGGGUGGCUGCCAAGCUAUUGCUGACACAGGAACCUCGCUAAUCAUUGGACCAGUAGUAGACAUCGCAAUUAUUAACGAACAUAUUGGAGCUAUUGAUGGAAUAGUAGAUUGCCAUCAGAUUCCUAAAUUGCCUACAAUCAGUUUUAUUGUGGGUGGUAAGACAUUUAAUCUUACCGGUGAAGAUUAUAUCAUUCAGAUUAAACAGGUCAACAUCAUGUCAUGUACGAGCGGCUUCCAGGGAUCUGACAUGGCAUCAAAUGGUUUGCAAUGGAUUUUAGGCGAUGUAUUUAUUGGCCGUUAUUACACCGAGUUCGACGUAGAUAAUAAUCGAGUAGGAUUUGCUGUGGCGAAAUAAAUGUAGUAAUAUUUUCUCUUUUAGCUUAUAACACUGUAUUAUUAUAAAAUAUAUUAUAUAUUAAAUGCAAAUAAAUUUGUUAAAAAAUA